CGGAGCCAAACAUCUCCAACAUCACAGUGACUCCAGUGGAGUAAAAUUCAGCAAACAUUCAGCGUUCAGACUUGCAACAGGUACCGAGCCAUUAGAGCUGGACAUUUUAAGCAUUUUUGCACUGAAUGCAUGAAUCGUGUCUAGAAUGAAUCUCGUGCUGAGCUGAAUAAUGCGUUGUAAACCCGACAUGCACCCGACAUGCACAGCAGCAUCGUCGUUAUUUCUGCAGCCGGAGCUCGAGACAGUCGCGAGCGCAGACACACCGCACAGCGCUUUCUCACAUCCGACAUUUUCCUGCACAAUUUCACACUGUGCACUGCGUGACUGCACUGUUAAACCCCUCUGAUAUGCACAUAUGCGUCUCUGUUUUAAUUCCACGCGGUAAUGAUGCAUCAAUUGGCGCUGAUGAUGAUGAUGAUGAUGAUGAUGAUGAUGUGCAGCUUUGGAAGUUCUCAGCAUCUGCGUAUGGAACUGUGUCACCUCUAACUGUCUGAUGCAGUCCAAUUGUUACACUCGGACCAGCAGACCAGGAAAACCAGCCACUUCUUUGAGCAAUAAUAAUCUACCAACGCUAACCAGAUGGAAUCUCACCCAAGCCACCUCGAUAACAAGCCCAAAGCAUGCUACAAGACUGAGUCCAGAUCCAAAAACCAGCACCAAGAGGCCACUGUGCCUACAGGCACGAGAGGAGGAAAUGGGUCCUUCCAGCUCAAAAAGGGAGGAAAGUCAGUAGAUUCCCCUAUGCAAACCAAAACACCAACAGGGACUGUUACAGCAAGUACUCCAACCACUUUAGCUCCUACAUCUACCACAGCAACACCAGCUACUUCAAGAGCACUCAUUGUCCCAGCUACAGCUUCAUCAAUCACUUCCACCACGAUUCUUACAACUAAAAUCCCUGACAAGCAUGCUGUUGGGAUCACUCAAGGUACCACACUGACUGCAGGAACCAGUGAGCACAAGAAAAAGUAUUUCAGAGAAGGAGAACUGAAGACCUCUGAUAAAAACUCCUCCAAGAACAUCCACAAAACCACAUCUCAGAUUAGUGCAUCCACAGAUUUGCAGAAGAGCCUCCAAAAAACACCUCCAGCAGUUGAAACAACAAGAACAGCCUUGCCUAAAACUGUCCAACAAACAACUUUUUCUCAAAUCCCCAGGACUAUGUCCAGCCCAAAGCUCAGAUCCAGUCCUACUCCAACAAUUGCAGUGGACCAAGCCGAAACCUUCCAUAAGGGGAGAAGCAAAGAGAUGGCGCCAUCACUUGCACACAAAUUCAAAUCUAAUGACAACAGGGCAUGUGUGAUGGAAGACAGUCAAGAGGUGCAUAGUGUGCAGCCACUGGGGACAAAACAGAGCAAGGUAGAAAUGCUUCAGAGGAAUAAAGAUGAAAAGAAGAACAGAGACAGGAAAGAAGAAGAAGGCAUCCUUAAGGACAUACAAGUGGAAUGCACUCUCAAAAGAAGUGACAUCACUCUUCAGGUAGCAUCUAAAUGUCCCCUUUUUCCACUAGACAUGCUGCAGUUAUCUCCAGGGGCAACAAUCACCUCUGCAUCACAGGUGAAGGAGACAGCAGGCAAGACAGAUGAAAAUGCCAUGGCCCAGGAGAGAGAGUGUGAGAGAGAAAAAAGAAGGGAAUGGAUAGAAGGUAUGGAUGGAAGAGAAGCCCUUGAAAAGAGAGGUGGACAUAAAGGGAAAGACCAGGAGAAAAAGACAGGAGAGAAAAUACAGAAAGAAUGGAAGGGCAAAGACAGAAACAGUGAAACUAAAGAGAAAGAAAAGGAGGAAAGAGAAAUGGAAAAGUCAAUACCAGAAAAGAAAUUUUACCAGAUCAUUAGCUUCAAAGAUGCUGCGACGAUGACUGAGGAGAACCCCGUUCCUGUCCAAGCACUUGAUGCUGCCAUGCAGACAGAGCUCUUGUAUGAGGAUGCUGAAAUUCAGGCUGUUGUAGAGGUCAGCAGUAAGUCCACGAGCAUGACACAUCCAUCCUGGAGCCAAAUGGACCCUACGGUUAACCUCAGCAACCAUGAGAAGGUUUCUAGAACUGCCAGUAAGAGCUUACAAAAUGGACUUAGCCAAGAUGUCAGCUUAGAUUCAGUUUUAGCACCAAUUACUCUUGAAUCAGUGGCUAAAAGUCUGAGUCCAACCCCCUACAAGUCUUCCAUAUCCUCCAAACAUACUCGGCAACAUGUCUGUAAAAUCCAGAUUGAAUUGUGCAGCCAAUCCACUCUGUCUGACAGUCUGGCUUUGUCUGAGGAGAAGGAUUCACAAGCUUCUUCAGGAAAGUCUGGCUUUGAAAGGGAACCCAAGCAAGUGGAAGGAGAGGGAGACCAAGCGGAGACAGGUCCGCUUCCAGAUGUGGCGUGGGAUGAGCAAGGCAUGACGUGGGAGGUUUAUGGAGCGGCUGUAGAUAUGGAGUCUCUCGGCUUUGCCAUCCAGAAUCACCUCCAGUGCAAGAUCCAAGAACACGAGCAGCGCAUUAGACACCUCCGCAAGUCUAUCUCACUCUCCGAGCACUCGAAUAGUGAUGGGAAAAGAGGUAGAAAGAAGAAGAAGAAAAGGAAUGUCUUCCGGUCACUGUUCCAAAGAUCCAAUUGUUGCUUGAAGACUGAAUCUGAAGCCUAAAUGGCUUAAUGACUAAAUAUGUGGUGGCAUAUUUGUUUUUGAAAGUUCAGGCCACGCCAACUAAAUGGUAUGGUCUGAAUUUGAGGGAGAACUUUGAGAACAUUUGCUGGAGUUCUGGGCAGCUGUUUUCUCUUAGACAACAAGAUUGUUAGGUAGAUGUUUUUGACUAGUAGAGACAAGAUGGUUGAGGUGUGGUAUGAAUAGAGAAAGUUUUAGAUGAAUUGGCUGGUAAUUGGCAAACUUCAUCAUGGUAUUGUUGCACUGAGUUUCAAGCACUCACACUGUAUGUACCAUAGAGUUAUCCCAGUUAGCCAGGUGUUGUAACUCACACUGAUGCACUUUAGCUUCACCUGAAUCCAUUUCUUGUAAUUCGUUGGUGUAAUUAAUUGGUGAUAGACUUGAUUGGUCAGAAGUAAUAAUCUGUGGCUAGGUGGUGCUGCCUCACUUUGGUAUUAUAUUCUGUGUUUUUAGACCAGUAUUUUCCAAUCCUGGUCCUUGAGCACCAAUCAGCUACACAUUUCACAGUACCAUAUCUUGUGUACGUCCUGAUUUUCCCUCAAUUUAUGCUCCAGUUCCAUCUUUUCCUCACCUAGUUCAUAAUUACUAGUAUCAGCAAGUAUAAAGGAAGGGUAGUGUAAAAACAGGAGAAAUAAAAUAAAAAGACAAAAUAAAAUAAAAUUGUGUCUUGUUAGCAAGUGUAUAUAUCCUUCCUUGCACUACCGUAACGUUAAGCUGUGUUUCCCAAUUCCUUACUUUUGUGGUUCCCUUGUUUUCACCUCCUAGUCCUAGUUAUGGUCCAACAUUGUUGGAUGUUUCAGUCUGUAUUACAAAUAUGGAUUUACCAAUGAUGACAAUGGCUGCUUGUGUUUUGAUUUUAGAACAUCUUGGAGAAAAUCUGCUAUAAAGCCCAGUGUUUCUGAGUCCUGGUCCUGGAGUACCCUUAGUUUUCCCUACAUCCAGCACACCUGAUUGGGCUGAAAGAAAUGUGUUAGGAUGGGGAAAAUACUAAAUUAGGAUUAGGCAAGGGAUCUCCGGGACCAGAACUGAAAAGGUCUGCUAUAGUCUAAUGGUUUUGAACACUGAUCAAUAUUUAAUCAUUUCCAUGAGGACUGUUCAUGCAUUCAUGCGUUCAUGCACAUGGUUUUAGUGUUUGGUGGUGGUGUGUUUGUUUGUGUUGUCCUUGUUGUCAGGAUAAAGUAUAAUUCAAAUAUUCCCAAACACACUGAAAUUAAAAGUGAAAACAGAAAAGACAUUGUUUGUUCACUUCUCACACACACAAAAUUAUGUUUUCUUUCCUCUGAAGGCUCCCAGUGGAAUAUCUGCCCCACUUUCUGUAAAGGUAAAGUGUGUAUGAAUACAUUUAUGACAGCUUCAUCUCUCCUCUCCUGGCCAUCUCUCUCUCUCUCUCUCUCUCUCUCUCCCUCUCUUUCUCUUUUGCCCUCUGUUUUUUCAUUCUCUUUGUUUCAUUAUUUCCCCCACUCUCUCUGUAUAAAAGAUUUGUAUACCUACAUCAAACCUACAUUAUGUUUUUCUCAGAGUUUUUGUCAUCACUAAUUGAUGGCUUGUGGUUGUAGGGAAAAUUUGUGAGAGCAAGAUAGAAUAAAAAAGGAUAGUGUCUGACUCUUUGACACACACACACACACACACACAUCCAUCCAUCUAUCUAUCUAUCUAUCUAUCUGUCUAUCUAUCUAUCUAUCUAUCUAUCUAUCUAUCUAUCUAUCUCUUCAUUCUUGUCCUUCUCAUGCUCUCUCUCUUUUCUUUGAGAAAGUCACAGUGACGGAAGGCACUACCCGUCCUGAGCGCGGCAAUAAAGCAGAAGAAUAAUUGCUUGGCACAGUGUGUUAGAGAUGCUAAUAUGGGAUACUUAACUCGAGUUAUUUAUAUACACACCCAUCAUGUGGAUCACUUUGUAAAUAUCAAACUACUGAGUGUAUUCCAUCUGUUGCUGCUCACAUUUUGCCAGACACAUUUUACCACCAUAGGGGCAUCACUGACCAGAUAUUACUCGGAGUCCAGGACAGUUAACAUACCCUGACCAUGGACAAGAUGAAGUUUAGUCUGUAACUCUGCACCUUUGAAUUAAGCAUCUAAUAUGUUUACAGAGU